AUGUUCAAUUAUUUUUGUCCAAGAAGUAACAUUAUAUUCAGAAGUUGUUUGUGAAAACUCAACUUUGGGAUAAAAAAAUAAAAUAAAAAAAAAUGUUUGCUCAAAUAUCUCGUCCGAUAGCUAACUUUCAUCCAUGCCAUUGGGGUGAUCACUUUCUUAAUAUCACAAAUCCUCACCAUGACGAGGUAGUCAAAGUUAAAAAGGAGCUAGAAGUGAGCCAACUUAAAGAUGAAGUGAAGAAGGAGCUGCUGGAAACUAAGGGCAACCCUCUUGAGCUGCUGAAUUUCAUCGACGCCAUCGAACGUCUUGGAUUGGCAUAUCACUUUGAACAAGAGAUUGAGGAGGCAUUGAAACAAGUUUACGAGAACUAUGAAGAGCAGUGUGCCAAAGAUGAUCUCUACCAUGUUUCGACUCGAUUUCGUAUCCUCAGGCAACAUGGUUUCUUUGUGCCUUGUGAUGUGUUUAACAAGUUCAAGGAUGAAAAUGGAAGCUUCAAGGAGUCAAUAACAAAUGACGUUCCAGGAUUGUUAGGCUUGUAUGAGGCUUCCCAUGUUCGAGUUCACGAUGACAAAAUCCUCGAAGAAGCCCUUGCAUUCACGAAAAAUCAUCUCAAUGCCAUGGUUAACAAAUUAAGCUCACCUGUUGCUGAUCAAGUUUCCCAUGCCCUUCACCAACCCUUCCACAAGGGGAUGGCGCGAGUAGAGACUACGCAUUUCAUCUCCUUGUAUGAAAUGGAUCCUUCACAUAACAAAACUCUCCUUAAGUUUGCAAAACUUGAUUUCAAUCUUCUUCAAGCCUUGCACCAGAAGGAGCUCAAAGAUUUUAAAAGGUGGUGGAAAGGAUUGCAUUUGAAUGCAUCAUUCAGCAGAGAUAGGUUGACAGAGGUGUUUUUCUGGAUUUUAGGAGUCUACUAUGAACCCCAAUUUUCAUUUGCUCGAAAAGUUGGUCGAAAAAUUAUCAAGUCAACUUCAUUAUUAGACGAUACAUAUGAUGCAUAUGGAACAAUUGAAGAACUCGAGCUUCUCACUGAAGCAUUUCAAAGACCAUGGAGCAAAAGUUGUAUGGAUGAACUCCCGGAGCACGUAAAGCGGUCAUAUUAUGCUAUGGUUGAAGCUUUUGAGGAAGCUGAGGAAGAUCUUGCCAAAGAAGGAAGACCAUCUUUCGUCAAUUAUACAAGAGAUCAGGUGAAAGCUUUAUGCAAAGCCUAUAUUCAAGAGGCAAAAUGGUGCCAUCAAAAAUAUGUUCCUACAUAUGAAGAGUAUAUGAAGAAGACUGCCCUUGUGACUUCUCCUUACCCUCAUGGAAUAGUAGCUUGUUUCCUUGGCAUGGGAGAGAUUGCAUCAAAGGAUGUAUUUGAAUGGGCAUGUCAAAAUCCUAUGCCUAAAGUUAUAACAGCUGCAUCUACAAUAAUAAGACUCAUGAAUGACAUAGGUGGUCACAAGUUUGAGCAAAAGAGGAAUCAUGUUGCAUCAGCUGUGCGAUGCUUAAUGGAGAAGCAUGGAUUGUCAGAGGAGGAAGCAAAUAAUAAGCUAAAAGAGGAAGUUGAGGAUGCUUGGAAAGAUAUUAAUCAAGCAAUGCUUCAACCUUUUGUGAUUCCAAAGCCUCUACUUACUCGAAUUCUCAAUUUAGCUCGUUCUGCUGAUGUUCUAUACAAGGGUGAUGCUGAUGGCUACACACAUGUUAACCAAACUCUUAAGGACAAAGUUGCAUUGGUCCUCGUUCAUCCAAUUCCCAUGUAAUUUUUCUUUGUCCCAUAUAUUCUUUUGUAAGCGUGUAAGUAGUGAGUGUCCUUUUUCAAUUUUUACAAUGUACUUUUGAGUUUCAAGUGUUGAUGUACUUUUGAGUUUCAAGUGUUGGUGUCUUGAGGGAUAUAGGAAAAAUGCCUUAUAAAUAAUGUUAUAUGUGAGAAUGUGCCUAAGUCAGUUUUAUUUCUUAUACUAAAUAAAACGUUGUUCUUGUAAUAAUUUUUUCUUUGAUA